AUGUUGGUCGCUCGUGGGACGCUUUUGGGAGCUGAACGUUGACAGAGAGGCGUACUUCGGGCAGAUGGAGGUGCACCAGCACGUCGGGGGCGACGGCGUCCGAGAGGAGAUGCUGUCCAGAGUGGCCCUCAUGCCGAGGCUGCUGAACGGGGGCUUCUGCGCGCCCGCGUCCUGUGACCGCGACCGCGUCGCCGGGGAGGUUAUACCCCGCUUCCUGGCGCACUUCUUGGGCUUCGACGUGCGUCUCCCGCCGCUGCCCCCCGCGGCGGAGGUGGCGGAGGUCUCCCACUGGUCGCGCUUCGGCCUGGACUUCGUCGUCGCUGGCAUCAACAGCUGCGGGAUGGCGCGCGGCUUGAGCCAUCCGGGCCUGUCGCACUACGCCCGGGCCCGGCACGCGCUGGUCCGGGUCCCCGGCCUCAAGGUCGUGUCCGUGGUGUGCGACCCGCUCGGCCGCUUCGAGAAGGUGUUCUGGGAGAUGCACCUCUGCAGAAAGCGGGGGCCGCUGGACAGGAAGGACCCGGUGACGUUCGGCCCCGAGCGCAACGGGCGCUGCUUCGAGCGCAUCGGCGAGGCCCUGCAGUACCCGGAGCUCAUCGAGCACUGGAACGUCGCCCAGGACCUCGGGAGCAUGGACGCGCUCUUCGGGCCGCGGCUCUGGAUCUUGCACCAGGAGUCCCUGCGCUUGGCUGGGCGCGCUGCUUACGACGGCAUCGCGGGCUUCCUGGGGCAGCGGCCGUUCGGUGCCGGGUCGGAGUUCGGGCGCUACAACUCCGCCCGCGGGCACCGCACGGAGCUGUGCCACAACAGGUCUGUCAUCCGGGGCCUGAAGCGGCUUCUGGCGCCCGAGUACCAGGCGAUCGAGGCGCUGCUGCAGGCGCGCGGCCGCGAGGUGCCCGAGCAGUUGCGGCGGCGCGACAGCCGAUGCGACCGCCCCGAGGAGCUCCGCGGAGACCCGUUCACUAAGGAAAGGGGAGCGUAG